UCUGUUAAUUUGCCUUCUCUAAGAUCUCACAUUUUGGCUUCACACAACAACGUUUGCUCCGAUUCUCACAUACAGUCUCACAUUAACGCUGAAUUAGUGCGAAGGAGCCGACGAGAAAAGUCGGCCUAGAUCCAUCGGGAAUCGUCUUCGACCACGUCCGAGAUCUGCUAGUUUGUCUGGAAGACAAAUUAUCGGCAUGCAAUCAUCACGGACAAAAACUUUGAGCACAGCGGAGAUCAAUAACUGUGAACUAAGUAUCGCCAAUUUUAUCGUUGAAUCUUCUGUGAAACGUCCUCGUGUCACGAAAUCGGCUACUUAUGCGAGGAAAAAUUCGCCUCCGCUGUUGCAUCAGAUCAACGAAGCAACUGGUAAACCUGACGAAUUGCGAUUAAAAAUUAGGUCAUUGACUGGUAGCACUGUGUACUUGGUGCACAUUUCCACUGACGAAUCGUUGGUAAAACUGUACGAAUUACUCGAUAAAGCCAUAAAAAUGUCAGGUUACAAAGGAUAUAAAGUGCUAUUAUGCGGAUAUUCGCCGAAGAAGUUGGAACGUGUGGACGCAUCCUUAAAAGAAUGCGGAAUUAACAGGGAUUGCGUUCUUCAUCUUGUAAAUGAUUGAGUGCUUCGGAUCUCAUAAGAGGUUUUAUGUUAAAUUAGGACAGUGUAUAUUACAAUUAAG